AUGCAGAAGCCGCAGGGUCUGGGCCAGGUAGUCUGCAGAGCGGACCGCAGAGCGAGUGUCUCCUCGAGGCUGUUUGAGCAGACGCAGUGCAUCAUGGGGCCUUACCACCUCUUUCCGAACUCUACUCAGACUCCUUCAAGACAAAUAGACGUUGGAGGUGCAGAGGAAGCUGGGGUGGUCCUGGUGGUCCUGUCAAGCCUCAAGGACCUAGACAAAUGA